AUGCCAUUCCACCAACCACUGGGAGCGCGUGUGUCUCCAUAUCCGGAACGGACACGUUACCAUACGGACGAUCCUCUGGAAUACACCUCGUCACCCUCGAUGUAUUCAGUUGAGGAUUUAGCGUGCUCCAGCGGGCCUCAAACUCACGCCCAUAGUGAACGAACGCCCAUUGAGUUUGAAGGAUCCGCAGAACAUGAUAACAAUUUGCCGAAAUGGUUACAGCAUCUCCAAGCCGAGGUGAGCAGGCUUAAGGCACCGUUGAAGGAUGCACAGUCGCUAUCGCCGACGCAAGAGAUGUCGGACCAUGCACACGCGGUAUCACUGUCAACGCGCCCAAACACAUCCACCAAUGAUACUGAAGUCGACUUGGAACGUAUAGUACAACAACCUGAGGGGCGACAGCUUCCACCUCCACAUCCUUCCUUAUCGGCCUCCAUUGAUGCUAUGCCUGAAAUUGCAGCCGAGCAGGUUCCCGUACUCACAAGCGAGGCUGACUCUUUUUCUGCUCGCGCGAUGCGGCCUGCUAGAGACAUUGCCGUAAUAUAUCGUGGACACGCGUUGACAAAACUACAUGUCCUGCUUGGUGCUGUACAGUCCUCGCCACAGGAACUCGGACUUGAGCGUCUUUUCCAGGACAAAGUGGAUGAGCUCGAGGGCCUGAGUGUCGACAAGGGACUGUCCUGGUGGGAAGGAGUCAGCGCAGAAGUGGAUAGUGCCGCCGAAAUAUGGAAGGAAUACCAGGACUAUAUGGCGGGACGGCAACCCCUUCGACUGCUUAAAGAACCGUCCCUGAAGGCAAGCAUGCUCCGAGUAGCAUCAGUCAAGCAUCGUGAAGAUAGAUCCUCUCGAAGCGUGCGAGGUUCUCGAGGCAAAGCUAAUCAGACCAAACCGGAGGUCAGCAUGUUGGAUGCUCUCGACACGAUCCUGGACGACAAAACCCUACACGGGCCUUCAUCGAGACCAGUCCAUUCACAACCCGGUGGACCAGGAGUGGUACUGGGUUCCAAGCUUCCGUUCGCGUUUACUGGUGUAUCAGGUUAUGCUGCGCGGUCGCCCAAUGUGCAAGCCCCGCUGUCCGAUUUCUUUGCAGCAGCCGAGUCUGCCCCUCGCAUACCCCUCAAAUCCAAGCGAAUGCCCGUGUCCAACCCGACAGAUGAUUGGGAUGACUCAGAAACUAUCGGAAUGCUACCUCAUCCUCCAGAAGACCCCAUCACGGUGCUGGCGAAGAAUCCAUGGACGAUUCAAGAGAUCAUACUUCUCGUAGAAGUCGUGACGCACUACCAUCCCGCGAAGUACACCUGGAAACAGAUCACCGAGCUAUACAACUACGUGCUGAUGUUACAACCUGUCCAGGCCUGGUUGAUGCAAUCACUCCAUGAAGCGGGACAGGAAAAGGAAGCGCAGAAGACCUUCAGAGAGCAACUGCUUGCACGUUUGGCCGAGGAUCUGGUGGCGAAAGCGGCGGAGGAACAACAAGUGGCGCUGGAAUCUUCUGCAGUUCGUCAUCGUGCGCGAGGAACAGGACAGAAUGCGCCUGCGCAUUCUUCGAGGCGACAUGGUGAGCCGACCACAAGACGGGCGGUACGCGAACGCAGCCUCAAUGGACCAUUCGGCAGUCCGGAAGCACAAGAGGAAGCCCGGAGGAGGCGCACACAAGGUCUUGGUGCCAACGACAUUCAGUCCACUUCAGGUACUCCUGCUGGGCAUCAGAAGACACGCGCUGAGACAGCCAAGCAGCCACUGGCCAGGACUACGACGAUGCUCAGUGCUAAAAUGCCUUGUCCACCGCCGUUGACGACCCAUUCCCAUAUCGCGCAGCGCUGGAACGACCUCAUGAAAAUGUUCAUGGAGGAAUCCACCCCCAGUAACCGCCGCGGCAUAAUAAAUCUGAUGGAGUAUCUGUAUUCGACGCUCGAGCCGAAAUAUCCGCUCAGGACCCGUUGGGAGAUCUGGCAUCGCUGGUGCGUAUCACCCACAGCGUCCAUACGCUUGCCUGAGCAGAGUGGUGCGCCUAUGCCCAAUGCGGCGACGAUGACAGACGAGCCGGGCAAGAGUUAUGAGGAGCAUUCUGACCUUGCGCAGACUGGCACUUCGGAGAGUCGCAUGGACGUGCCAUCGCAUCCUGUAGGACCUGGUGCUGACGCAGCUGCUCCAGCGCAGCCUCAUCCUGUUUUGGGCAACCUGGCGUACGGGCCUGAUCAUGCGCUCGUCCCGGGAACCUAUCCUUCCGCACCAGGAGUGCAGCAGCGCUACGAGUUCUUCGAUCCCUGCCUGGGUUUUGCACAACAUGCCAUACUCGUGUCCACCAUUGCCAAUGAAGAUGCUGCCAAGGAUGCGUUAGCGAGAGGAAAAUCGGUGCGAACCAUCACAGUGCCACACAGUAUGCGAGGUGGGUCUGGGCCCACCGGGUCCCCGCCCACCAGCCACAUUGAGAGCCAGGGCGUGGCCGAACGUACCCCAGGGCACGCUGGGCUCUCACGAUCGUCCUGGGAUCAAGACUUGGUUUCAGGGAGCGUGCGUGAACAGGAGUACGCUCCAGGCGCUGUGCGGCUGUCCGGAGCUUUCGCUGCUACCACAGGAUGGCCCCGACCGAGUCGCGCAGACGACAUGGACAUCGAUCAGUAA